AUGGCGACCGCUGUCACGGACAGCUACCUGAACGAAGACAUCUCGGGUCGGCUCACGGCCGCAACGACAGUCAUCGUUGUACUCACCACCACUCUCCUAGCCCUACGCAUAUAUGUGCGGAGCCUUGCCCAUGUCUCCAGCGGCUGGGACGAUAUUCUGCUGGCUCCUGCUUGGCUUCUUUGCCUGGGAGCAUGUAUAACAGGCUAUAUGGCUAUCACACAUGGAGGCUCCGGUCGUCACAUAGAAGCCGUGAUGAUGGACGACCCCGAGAAGCUAAUCAUACGCGGAAAAUUGCUUUAUUCUCUCAGCUGGCUGACCGCUUUCUCGAACACCUUCUCGCGGACCUCGAUCUUGGUCCUGUUCCGGCGCAUAUUCCCGCCGGGCCUCACGCGCAUCGUGACGGACCUCACCAUCGUUUACUUGAUUCUGUUCGUCCUCUCGCAGGCAAUCGUCGGGUUGACGGAAUGCCGCCCGCUGGCAUACUUCUGGGACCGCAGCAUCCCCGGCGGGUGGUGUGUGGAUCAAUUCCUCUUCUACCGAAUGUCUGGCCUGCUGAAUAUCGCUGGAGACGUGGUUAUCCUGAUCCUGCCCAUUCCGACCGUGUGGACUAUUCAUGCGUCCCUGGCCAGAAGAGCCGGGAUUGCUAUGGUGUUUCUGUCGGGCAGCUGUGGCCUCAUUGCGUCGUGUGUCCGAACCUCCUACUUCUUCACAGCCGCCAAAUUGUCUAUGACCGACCCGACCUGGGCGGAUAUCAACCUAAUGACCUGGACGACCGUUGAAAGUGGCCUGUAUCUCUCGGCUGCCUGCAUGAUAGGGCUGCGACCCCUGCUCAACCAAGUGGCGGGCUGGAUGACGAGGUCUCGCCUCGGGGUAUUCACAGUCAAAGGCACGAAGGCCCGGUCGCGGCGGAGCGAUCCCGAUGACGGAUCACAAUUGAUCUCAAAUGUGAAGCAAGACCAUAUUAAUCUGGAGACCUUCGAUCGGGACCGGGACACGGACGAGAGAUCAGCCAUAGGGAGCGGGGCGAAGCAGCCGUCUGUUGUGUAG